AAAAUGAUAACGCCAUAGCUCCUCCGCAGCUGCAGCAGUCUGACGGGUGUCCCUUUAAGUGGAAACGAGCGCACCGGGCACCGCCUACCAUCGCUAGCUUCUGUCUAUCAAUUCGCCUGUCACACCAAAACAGCGAGUAGUUAAAAAGUUAGUGUGCGAGAGUGUGUGUCCUCCAGGCUGUGAUGGCAUCAGUUGGUACCCCGGGGCCAAGGGCCCCUGACUGUGUGACCAAGGUGGCUGUGAGCAUCUCGUGUGAGAAUCUGCUUGACAUGGAUGCUUUCUCAAAGUCUGACCCGCUGUGUGUGCUGCUCAUGAACACAUCAGGGCCCCACUGGUGUGAGAUUGGCCGCACAGAGAAAAUCAAGAACUGCCUUAAUCCUAAGUUUUCCAAGACUUUUGUCAUUGACUACUACUUUGAGAUGGUACAGAAACUGAGGUUUGAAGUGUACGACAUUGACAGCGAAAACUGCAGUCUGCAAGAUGCCGACUUCCUUGGAGAACUGGAGUGUACCUUGGGACAGAUUGUAUCCUCAAAGAGAUUGACAAGACCUCUUGUCAUGAAGGACAAAACACCUGCAGGAAAAGGAACCAUUACUAUAUGUGCUGAAGAAAGAACAGACAACAGGGCGGUGGAAUUUGAAGUCGCAGCUAGAAAACUGGAUAAAAAGGAUUUCUUCGGCAAGUCCGACCCUUUCCUGGAAUUCUACAAGCAGAUGGAAACUGGAUGGCAGCUUGCUCACAGGACUGAGGUGGUGAAAAACAACCUAAACCCGAUAUGGCGGCCAUUUCGAAUCCCGCUGCAGUCGCUCUGUGGAGGUGAUGUGGAGAAAUCUAUAAAGGUGGAGUGUUAUGACUACAACAGCAGCGGAUCACAUGACUUCAUUGGAUCAUUUAUGGUCACGCUCUCCCAGAUACAGCAGGCGUCACAAACAUACGCGGCUGAGUAUGAAUGCAUCAAUAGUAAGAAGAAACAGAAGAAGAAAGGAUACAAAAACUCUGGUGUUAUCAUUGUGAAAAAGUGCAAGAUAGUGAAGGAGUACACUUUUCUGGAUUACAUAAUGGGUGGCUGUCAGAUCAACUUCACCAUUGCAAUAGAUUUCACUGGCUCCAACGGGGAUCCCAGAUCCCCGAUGUCACUCCAUUACAUCAACCCUCAGGGCUUUAAUGAAUACCUGGCUGCUAUCUGGGCUGUAGGCAAUGUCAUCCAGGACUAUGACAGUGACAAAAUGUUCCCUGCUUUUGGAUUUGGAGCCCAGAUCCCUCCAACAAUGCAGGUCUGCCACGAGUUUCCCAUCAACUUCAACCCCUCAAAUCCGUUUUGUGCAGGUAUAGAAGGUGUGGUCCAAGCCUACCAGCAGUGUCUGCCCCAGGUGAAGCUUUACGGCCCCACAAACUUUUCCCCAAUCAUCAACCACGUUGCCCAUUUUGGCAGGCAAGCCCUUCAGCAGCAGAACGCCUCUAAUUACUUUGUCCUCCUCAUCAUCACCGACGGAGUGAUCACAGACAUGGACGAGACUCGCAGUGCCAUCGUCAACGCCUCCCGUCUGCCCAUGUCCAUCAUCAUUGUUGGAGUAGGCGGGGCAGACUUUAGCGCCAUGGAGUUCCUGGAUGGAGACGAUGGCAUUUUACGCUCUGCUACAGGCGAAGCCGCCAUGCGGGACAUUGUGCAGUUUGUACCAUUCAGGCAGUUCCAAAAUGGUCCUCAGGAAAUGCUUGCUCAAAGUGUCUUGGCAGAAGUUCCGGGCCAGGUGACGAGCUUCUUUAAUACCAUGGGUUUGAUACCACCCCAGGGCGACACACCUCUCGCUGACCUCUCAGCAUCAGCACCCCCCAGUGAUGUAUCGUGAGGACCGGCUUUUCUCCUCAAUUUAUCAUCUCCAACUGCCCAGACAGUCAUUCUUAUCUGGCUGACUGUAGCCAAGUCUGCUUUCUGUUCUCUCAAAAGCAUAUCACUCAUAACCAAAACUGUUCCCUGGCCAUAUGAACAUGCAUCCUCCGGUCAUGGUCUUAUUUGUAAAUACUAAAUACCAAUAGUAUAAAGCCAUAGUACACAAAUAUUGUCAAACAUUUCCUAACAUUUGUUAGCAUGUAUGUACCAUAGAUGUUUAAUGUGAUUUUUACAUAUGACUUUAUCUGACCCAAGUGCCAGGAUUGUUAAGACUUGAAAUAAUGUCUUAUUUUAUCCAUCUACUCACUCUAAGAACUAUAUUGAAACCAGUGCGACUUCACACAAGGUCUUUGCUUUUCUUGUGGAAAAACCGAGGCAGCUAAUAACAGCCAUCUCAUUAGUCUGUCAGAAUAUCUGCAUGAAAGAGCUGGAGUAAUCCAGUGUCCACUCCCAUUGAAACAGACACUGAACAAAGCUAUGGGCGCAUCAGAUACAAUUCACUCCUGUUUACAUAAUGGAUCCAUAUGUAAUGGAUUAACAAGUUUAAAUGGUUACCUUUUGUAGAUUUUACACUACAGAAGCUAUCGCAUUGUGUCCUUGCUAUUGUUUUGUAUUUCAGUUAUUGUCUUUUCAUAUUCAGUUCCAUAUUUGAUUUGAAAUGUUGUUUGGUGCCUUCAUAUGAGUGUUAAACAAGGAAAACCUCGCAAAACACUUAUCAGUAAGUGGUGAUCUUCGUUUGCAAAAUGCAUGUUUAUUUAGAUGUACAUAAGAAGUUCACUCUGUCUUAACAGGAGGUAGUAAAACCUCCCACUUUACUGACUGUUAUGAAAAUAGUUUAAUGUUUAAUGAAGCGAAUAUGUUGUUUUGUUGUCUGAACGAUCACAGUGGCAUUGCUUUAUGUAAUAUAAUUGGUCAAUAUUUUAUUAAAAUAUGAUUUAACUGCAAGAAAAUAAUAAUAAUAAUAAUAAUAAUAGCCAGCUUCUGUUUUAAUAAAAGCAAAAAUAUAAGAUCAUUUUGAAGAUGUGUUAUGGUGUUAUGUUCGUGCUGGUACAAUCGCGUCGUGACAUUAAAGGAAUGCUGCAUUUACCAUAUGCAUUUUCACAAAGUAGUAAAUCAUAUCACAACCAAUUUUGCAUGUUGUUUAAAUGUGUGUGUCUAUCACGUAUAUAUGUGAGUGUGCGUCUCUGUUAUGUAUGUUUAAAUAAAACUUUCAAACUAGA